GCCAAAGCGUCCAACAGCAACUUGUCCUUUACACGAUGGCGCUCAUCAUCAAGCCCCAGUCUCCUCUCCAGUCAAUCCUCUCUUACUCGAGGCACUUCACUUUCACUGGCGCCGCCUGGGGCUUCGGCUUCGUCUCUGCGGCGACCUUGCUGCUCUCAACGACUCCGCUGCUGCAGCAGCGCGUUCUGUCGAAGGCUCCCUUGCUGGGCAACUACUUCACGGACAAGACUCCUGCCUCCGACAAGCCCUUCUAGAGCCGUAGAAGUCAUGACCUUGAAUACACGUUCCCUAUAAACAUCGCCAUUCGCGUGACUUUGCUAUGUUCACCGUCGGAUCUACCUCAAAACCCCGCUGUUGACCUUACCCUGCCCCCUUACAACUUCACGCGCUUGUCCUCGGGUGUCGUGAGGUCCAAUCCCAACCUACGCUCUAGCUGCCUGACAGCGUCUAGAGUGCCUCCUAUGGGAACGUGGAUCGUCUCCAUCCCCAACUGUUUGGCAACCUUCAAAUUCAUGCCUAUGUCGUCCAGAAAGAUGGCCUCUUCUGGCUUUAUGCCGUUC